AUGUGGCGCGACGACACGCUACGGUUGCAUAACGGCUUCUACACAACACCUGUCAGCAGAAACGCUCGGACUCCCACUGAGCAGCUACAAGAGAGACCAAAAUUGUUUUAUAAUAACUUUGUUAUUUUUGUGUUUUUUAGAAUGCACAUCCCUCUGACCCUUCUCUGUGCCGCUCUAAUGGCAGCUGCUGGUCCCACACAACUGUCGGAGUUUCGACUGAUAGAAGUCAGCACUCCCUCUAUUGAUUGACUCUGCAGCAUCUGCCACGAGCUGGACAUAGAGCUGCAGAAUCCCUUCACCAACCUCGUGAGCCAGGUCCAGACCGACGUCUCCAGCUUGGAGGGACGGGUGCGCGCCCUGUCCCAGAUCCUGAACUGCCCUGUCCAGCCCCGACCCAGCGGAGUCACCGCAGACAAUCAGUUCGCAGAAAGUCGACUGUACCUGACGCUGACAAAGGUGCAGCUCUACAUGGAGAUGCUGCUUCUCAAGGAGGACAAGCUGAAGGUCUGCUGA